UCUCUCUCUCUCUCUCUCUCUAUCUAUCUAUCUAUCUAUCUAUCAAUCACUCUGUCUCUCUCCCUCUCUCCCCCGGUCGGCUCUUAAUUCUAUUUACCUCCUCUAUCUCACAUCAUCCAUUACGUCUGGUCGCCAAGGCAACUGAGCACAGCUGAUCCCGUCUCCUUUUUUUUUUGAUCCAGCCAAUCGGGACAGGUCAUGGGCGUGGCCAACAUCCUCCCGACACCCAGCAGCUUUAUCAGUCCAAACCCCAGAGAAGUUCAUCCGUUACUGAAGGGGAAAAAACCACAGAGAUAAAGAUACUCUGGAGAUAAAUUGUACAUUGUAAAGAGGAGACAUUGUCGGUUGAAAAAGAAAAAGAAAGAAAGUAAAGAUACAGCCAUUUUUGUGCAGCCUCUUCUUCCUCUUCUUCUUCUUCCUCUUACCGGAGCAGCUCCAGCGCUUUUCUUAUCAAACACAUAAGGAACGAUGGAGGGUUGGGCUGGAUUUCGGGCGCUGCCAUGCUACGUGGCCUGCUCUCAGGUGCUGGGUGUGGUGUGUUUGGUGCUCACGGGUGUGUGGAUGGGACAUUAUCAUGGAGGCUUCGCCUGGGACAGCUCACCGGAGCAGUUUAAUGUCCACCCGCUCUGCAUGGUCAUGGGCCUCGUCUUCCUCUAUGGAGACGGCGUGUUGGUGUACCGUGUGUUCAGAAACGAGAGCAAGCGUUCGGUGAAGAUCCUCCACGCACUGCUACACAUGAUGGCCCUCAUUAUCAGCAUUGUGGGUCUGGUAGCUGUGUUUGAUGUUCACAAUAAUCACGGCUUCCCUAACAUGACCUCUCUGCAUAGCUGGUGUGGCAUGCUGACCUUCAUCCUCUUCCUCAUGCAGUGGCUGCUAGGCUUGGGCUUCUUCCUGUUUCCCUGGGCAUCAUCAGCAUUACGGCGAUGGUAUCUGCCCCUGCAUGUAUUCUUUGGCCUCGUGCUCCUGGCCAUGGCGGUGGCUUCCUCUCUCAUGGGCAUCGCUGAGAAAGCCAUCUUCAGUGGACUGCCACCGUUUGCUCCUGAGGAGGUUCUGGCCAACAUGCUGGGUCUGCUGCUGGUGUGUUUUGGGGUAAUUGUGGGCUACGUGGUAACCAGAGAGGAGUUCAGACGACCGCCGAACCCUGAGGAAGAGGCUCUGUCUGUUCACUUCAACACUCUGAGUGAGGACUCCAGACCCAGCACGCCUUAACACCGCACCGAGACUUCAACACUCCUCCUUCCAUUUAGACUCCAGUCUCCUUAUUCCGGUUUAAACGCUCUCACUUCCUGUGUGUGUGUGUUCAGUAAAAUAGAAAGCAGGGGUCAUCGUCACACACGUACGGAUGAACUCGGCAGUUCGAGAACACUCGGCAGUCUCCAUGUUUUGUAUCAAAAUCAAAAGUCAGGAGAAAGUUUUGAUUGAUUUAUUUAAAAUUGCUAUAGGAUGUAGGAUUUAGGACUUCAUAUUCCUAAAGUAAGUUCCACCUUCAGUAAAAAGUCAUGCCUGUGUCCCAAACUGCAUUUAAAGGACUAUAAAUUAUGACCAAAAUAGCAAAUGACAUCAUAUAAAUACUAACAUACUGUACUGUUUAUUAGGGUGGAAUGUGGUUUGGGACACGUCCAAGGUGUUCAGGGCUCUGAGGAUGAUCAUUAUCUGCUGUUAUCUUCGUCCCCUCAGGAUUACAGCAGUGUUAUGGGCAUUAAAGCUUUAAUUAAAGGUUUUAAUCACCCAAUGGUUUGGAAAGUAUAAAUGCGUUAGCGCAGCUAGCAUGAGACCUAAAACACAGCUGCAAAUAUAAAGACUGGCUUGUAGGAAAAACACAACCCACUCAACCCACUCAACCCACUCAACCCACACACACACACACACACACACACACACACACACACACACACACACACACACACACACACACACACACACAAACACACACUAAAAGCACCUCGUACCAGCAGUAUUGACCGACUGGAAAGACACUACAGAACCUAACAAACUGUAUUAGGUUAAAUAAAAACACCAACAGUUUAAAGGAUAAAAACAGCGAAGUCUUCAUACUGUUAGUUUCCCCACAACUCUACAGUCACCAGUCUACAGAAUUCUCCCAGACAGAUGAGUUAUAAUUACACGUACAUGUCAUCCUGUGUUUACAGGAACAUGUUUUCAUCCAUAAAACUCGUAAUUACCAGCUGGAAACUCGUCAUUUUCCUAACACUCUAAUCCGCCAGUGUGUAACGUCACUACUGUACGUUAGAAACAAACACAUGAGCUGAAAAAAAUGAAAUGAAACGUUAGCGGUUUACAGGUUGGACUUUAGCUAAUCUAGGUUUUUUAUAAUAAAUCAGUUUAGCUUUGUCUUGGACUGUUGUUAGAUGAUAUCCCAUAAUGCACUACGGUAGGAUCGUGCCUGAACGAUGGACACCAGAGGAUGUACGAUACCUAGCUUGAUUAUUUAUGUCACCAUAGAAACAAGUUCGGUGGGCACGGUGGCUUAGUGGUUAGCACGUUCACCUCACACCUCCAGGGUUAGGGGGUCGAUUCCUGCCUCCACCUUGUGUGUGUGGAGUUUGCAUGUUCUCCUCGUGCCUUGGGGGUUUCCUCCGGGUACUCCGGUUUCCUCCCCCGGUCCAAAGACAUGCAUGGUAGGUUGAAAAUUCUCUGGUAGUGUGGGAGUGUGGGAGUGAAUGAGAGUGUGUGUGCCCUGUGAUGGGUUGGCACUCCAUCCAGGGUGUAUCCUGCCUUGAUGCCCGAUGACGCCUGAGAUAGGCACAGGCUCCCCGUGACCCGAGAAGUUCGGAUAAGCGGUAGAAAAUGAGUGAAUGAGUGAGAAACAAGUUAUUUUCUAAUCCUAAUGUAUUACACAGAGCACUGUUUACUAACCACAUGUUCCACAUCCCCCACAAUGCACUGCUUAAAGGUCAAUAUGUUACAUUAGAGGACCAAAUACCCAUAAUGUUCUUCUUAUUAUUAUUAUCAUUAUUGUUAUUAUUGUACUGUAUGAAACCUGGCAGCGGUUCACCCCAUGUGAUGAGAGGAUUUACAUCUUAGUCCAUUUUUAUUAACAAAAUGUUCUGAGUCUUCUGGACAGAAGGAUAAUAGAAAGUGUGUUCGGUUGCUAAUUAAAGGAGCAGUUUGCGUAGUUGUUUUUACAGCCACGUGCACCACAGAGACGAUGCAUCGGAUAUCGUGUUUUUAUGGCGGAAAGGGGGCGGGGAGAUUUGCUUUGUAUGGAUUGGAGGUGUAGCUUAUUUCAGAGGCGGGAAAAGGAGAGUGAAACCUGCUUCCUUAUUUAUAUAUUUAUUUAUUUAUUUAUUUUAAAUGGCAUUAUUUCCACAAGUUUGAGAAGAGUAGGAGGUUUUAACCUGCACGACCGUAAGUGGUAAAUACUCUGAAAUGUUAGAGCGAAUUAUUUUAACAUUUAAUCAUUUCCACUUCAUCGCUCAUUACAAUUUCAAGACAUUAAAUAAUUUCGGAUUUAAUUUCUUUCUAUUAACUCGAGUUAUCAGUACAGACACUUUGGUAAAUAUCAGCUCAUAAUUCUCGCUCAGAUCGUCCGUCAUCCUCAUGUCCAUUUAUUUGAAAUCUCGACAUUCAUAUUCAAGUGUUAGGAGUCAAAAAAAAAAAAAAAAGUCUUUAAUAGUGAAUGAUGUCUUUAUGCUUCACUGAUUUACUUUACAGUCAUUUGUGCUGAUGUAAAGUGACUGAUGUAACCAAAACCCUGCACACACACACACACACACACACACACACACACACACACACACACACACACACACACACACACACACACACACACACACACACACACACACACACAUGCUGCUGUACCGUGUACUUGUUCCGUGUUGGUGGUGUUUCCUGUGGACUAUUUGUUCAUCACAGUGAGGUGUGUGUGUGUGUGUGUGUAUGUGUUGUAGGCACCACAUCAGGACUCAUCACCGUAAAAUCAAACACGUGUGUUCAUCACCCCGAUCUUUAUGUGUGUGAUUAGAGCUGAGCACGAAAAAGUGCAAUAAAUAAAUAAAUAAAUAAAUAACUGAAAAAGAAAAGACAGCAAUCCAAACUCGCUCACUUUAUAAUAAAUCCACGUCGAAGUCCAGCUGUUGAAUUCUGUCUCAAAUCAUGUCUGAUGAAUAUUUUUUAUGACUCCUUCUGCCAGAUGUGUUCAACAAAUGUUUAGUCGAAAUCUGAUGAGUGUAAUCAGUUUGUUUUUUUCACAGCUUUUCAGAAAAUGCUUUUUACCUCCUGACCAAUCAGGGCCUAAGCUGAGGGGGUAAGCGAGAGGAACAAACGUGUAAGAUUAUGUAAGAGUAAGAGCGAUAGUGUAAGAGUCAUGUAAGAGUCGUGAUAGUGAGCGGAUGAGAUUUCUGAUAUAUUUUAAUGGGAAAUAUUUUAAAGUGUGUAUGUUUGGGAUAUUGAGCAUUGUGUUGCAUUUCAGGGGCAUGUGGUAGUUUAGUGUUUAUGGUGUUGGAAUACUGACUGACUGACCUCCUAAACCCCAGGUCCACCAGACUGCCACUGCUGGGCCCCUGAACAAGGCUCUUAACCCUCAAUUGCUCAGUUGUAUAAAUAAAAUGAUAUAAAAAUGUACGUCGCUCUGGAAGGAGUCUGCCAAAUGCUGUAAAUGUGAAUUUCCAUUUUAGAGUAAAGUCACACAAGAUUAUCUUAUUAUUAUUAUUAUUAUUAUUAUUAUUAUUAUUAUUAUUAUUAUUAUUAUUAUUAUUAUCUUAAUUUUCAGCUUCUAAAGCUACAAUGAAGUCAAACAGCUAACUUUAUUUCAUCUGUGUUACUGGGAAUGAAAAAUACAAUCUAGAGCACAAGCUAGGCGAGUUGUUGGAACUAGCUAGGAGAAUACACACACACACACACACACACACACACACACACACACACACACACACACACACACACACACACACACACACA